AUGAAUCCCAUGGAACAUGCACAGAGUAUGAAGCAGGCCGGAAACCAGGCUUUUAAAAAUGGAAAUUACUCUUUGGCCAUCAGAAAGUAUGAUGAAGCUCUACAAACACUUCAUUUUUUGAUGCAAUGGGUCCCGUGUUCCCGGGACAUAGCUGUGUUGAUGUGCAACAAAUCAACAGCCUUGUACUAUCUGGGUAAAUGGAAUGAAGCAGCAUUUUUAGCCUACCAGAGCUUACAGUGGGAUCCAGAGUAUGUUAAGGCUUAUUAUAGAGCUGGCCAGUCAUUCAUCAUGUUAUCAAACUCUUACAAGGCAGUUUCUAUGUUUCAUAAAGGUUUGGUUCUCCUGAAUUCUUCUGGAGAUCGAACUCAAAUUGCUGAUUUUGUAGCAGGAAUCUUCAUAAGUGUCAAUGAUGAACGAAUCUUUCCACCAACUUUUCCCCCUGCAUAUGAAUAUGUUUUCAGUGCAAGAUUUGAUGCACUGGUUUGGCAAGCGGUGAUAGAAAGGCUGGCCCAGAAAGGGAAGUGGAGGUCUUGUCUGUUGUUGCUGUCUGAGAAGGAAAAGUUGCCCAGUAAUCUCAGAGUCAACCAGGUAUCUCUGAAGAAUCUCUUUGAGACUUCUGAGUUGUAUGGUCGUGGUGAGAAGGUGCAAGGACUAGUGGAGUUAGUCAAGUGGCUAAUUUCCAUUGGGGCAAAAGCUGAAUCCAUUGGAGUGUAUCCGCUGCAUGCUGUUAUCAGACUGUGUAUCAAAGCAACAAAUAACCAUCUCUUCAGGUGGUUACUGACUCAGAGGCCAGACUUGAAGGAUAGGAUCAACCAGCAAGACAGAGAUGGACAUACCCUCCUGCAUAUUGUGGCCUCUUCCAAUGAAUAUUCCCAGAAAAGCAGCCAAACAGAAGAUGUGAUCAUGCUCCUGAAUUUUGGGGUUGAUCCCACUUUUCCAGAUGCGCGGUCAAGAUAUGUCAUAGAUAUCUUGAAAAAGAACAAAAACUUUGAUGCUGUAAGACAAGUCAGCAAGCACAUUGAGAAACACACUUCCUCUGAGAAACAGACAGGGGGGAAAGAAAGUGCCAUAGCUGCUACAGAUUCUCUCCGGGAUGUUGUGGAACAGUUUGUCCAGUUCUACAGGUUUGAAAAUGGAGCACAUAAUAAAAAUGUAUUGAAGGAAGGUGCUGUUAAGCGAUUUCUGAAACUGCUGUCUUCUUUGGAAGAAAUCCCUGAAGAAAUCCCAUGCAACAUCUCCCAUGCCUGUGCUAACAGCUUCAUAAAACAGUUGCUGGAGAAGCAAAUGUGGCAUAAAGUUUUGCUGCUACUAACAGGGAAAGCCAAUGGAGAAAAGCCAGCCGGUGGAGGACUCUUCAAAAACUGCAGUCUUCCAGAUGUUGACAUCGGCAACAUUAUCCAACAGUGUGAAAGAUCGGAUACGCAAGUGCACCUCAUAAGAUGCUUACUUGAACUGGGAGCUUUGCCAGAUGGGAUUGCAACCAGCUCUGAAAUUCCACUGCAAAUAUGCCUCAAAAAGAACUAUUUUGAACUGGUGUAUUUGCUGCUGACCAAAGGUGCAGAUCCUCAGAAUCUCUCUGUUACACAAGGAGAUACUCCUUUGCAUGCUGCAGUUUCCAUCUGUUUCAAUAAUAGAGAUGGCACUGGUUUAAACAUCCUGAACUAUCUACUUGAUCUCUUUGCUUCAAGACCUUCUGACUUUCCAUAUCUUAAUCCAAACAUACAAGAUGAGAAUGGAAAUACAGUGAUGCAUAUUGUUUUUCAGAGAGGAUUUUCAAAGCAGACUAAGAGAAUAACAGAGUCAUUGGCAAAAUUCGACAUUAAUUUUAAUAUAAAAAACAAAUCUGGAAGAGAUGUGAGGCAUAGAAUUAAAAAAAGUGACCCACUGCUACUUGCCUGGAAUAAUGCUGCACUGGAGAAAAAGAAGCACCGGCAAGAUAGAGCAGGGCAAUUGGGUAAAACAUCUAAGCCCGUUCCAGCCUCUGAGACUUCACAGUCAAAGAGCACAAGGCAUUCUUCAUCCGGGUCCUCAUUAAAAACACCAUCUGGCAAUGUAAUGCCUAAUGAUUUAAAACCCCCGUGUUCUAUAAAAACAAGAAAAGGUCAGUUGGCAAAGCAGAAAACAGAAGGAAUAAAUAGCCCUUUAACACUGCAGGAAAGUCUAGUGCAGGCAAUCACAACUUUAAUUCAGCAACUGAAAGUGGGCGACAUGCUGAGAAAGGAUCAUCCCCUAGUACAAAAACCACCUGCAACUCAGACUAGUUUGGAGGAGGGAAGAAGUUCCUUGCAGUCUUAUGGAAGCAUAGCUUAUCCUGAAGGAAAAAGGCAUGAUUGGGAGAAAAAGAACGGAGCAGGGGAAUUUAACAUGGCCCUGCCUAAUGGAGAGAAGGAAGAAAAGGAGGAGAGUCUGGAUAUUGAGGCACAUGAGCAGGAGUUUGAUAACAUGACCUGGGAAAUAGAGUGCACUCCUGAAAUGCUGAAGACUUUGAGCAACAAAGCUGUGCCUCAUGAUCUGAAAACUAAAACUAUAAGGACAAUUAAGCAGCUUGGCAAUGGGGAAUGGACUAGGGGCCUUCAGAAGCCACUGAAACACCUGAAAGCUAAUAUCCGGCUGUAUGAAGCCAAAUUGGACAAAGGUGCAAGAAUGCUUUGGGAACUUGCGAUUGACUUUUCUCCUCGUUGCAGCGAGAGUCCAGAAAAGAUCAUGGAGACAGAACAGACAGAAAGUCUUCCAGAAAAAUCAGGUAGAGUUUACACAGAAAUAAUUAGAAUUUGGGCCAUUGUUCUUGACCACGGCAAGCUGGACCGUGCCUUAGAAAAUAUAUGUAUUUCCUACAAUCGUGGUUUAUCCUGCAUCUUGAGGAAAAAGCUGAAGUGUAUAAAUGAAGGACAUCAGAACCACAGUGUGACAACAGAGAAGCGUGUCCCACGUUGUUAUGUUGAAGACACAGCGGCAGAAAAAUCAAAAGAAUAUACCAUGCCUGAGUAUUUCCCUCCAGCCAGUGCAGCCGAAUUGGAGUACAAUAUAAUAAAAUUUCACAGUUUCAGUACUAACAUGGCACUUAACAUUAUAAAUGAUGUGCAGACUUCUGUUGAAUACCCUUUCCGAGUUGGGGAGUUGGAGUAUGCAGUAAUUGAUCUCAAUCCAAAGCCCAUGGAACCAAUCAUUUUAAUUGGGCGAAGUGGGACAGGGAAGACGACUUGCUGCUUGUAUAGGCUUUGGAAGAAAUUCUAUUCAUACUGGGAAAAAUCCGCCUUGGCAAAUGGACCUCUGCUGGAGAGGCAGACAUGGCAGCAAAGACAGUGCAGUGAGUUUGAAAAAGCCAGUUUAGGGAAGGAAGAGGGUGAAAUAAAACAAGACAAUGAUGAUUCGAGUGAGGAACAGGUGAAGGACGAGCAAGACCAGGACAGUGAAAAUGAAAAGGUUCCCUCAGGCACAGCUGGUACAGAAAUGAAUUCAUGUGAUGACCAUGAAGAAGACCAAACGUGUAGCACAGAAGCAUCAAACAGGCUGGAGCACCUGCACCAGAUCUUUGUAACAAAAAAUCCUGUCUUAUGCCAAGAAGUUCAGAAGAAUUUCAUUGAACUUAGCAAGUCUUCCAAGGUAACCAGUCACUUCAAGCCUCUGGAGCCAAAUAUUCACAAACUACAAGACAUUAAAGAUGAAAAUUUUCCACUGUUUGUCACCUCCAAGCAGUUGUUGUUGUUACUGGAUGCAUCCAUGCCCGACCCAUUUUUUCCAAGAAAUGAAGAUGGAAGUCUUAAAAGAAUCAUUGUUGGUUGGAGUCCUCAGGAAGACUCGGUCAUACCAAAUUGGCAGGACGAGGAUGAAGAAGGUAACCUUGAAGCAGAACAUGGUGAUGAUAGAGGAGCUGCAGAUGCAUACUCUAGGGAAAGCGAUCAUUGGACUUUUGUGACUUAUGAUGUAUUUGCAAAGGAAAUAUGGCCAAAAAUGAUAAAAGGUAAAAGCUUGUACAAUCCAGCAUUGGUUUGGAAAGAAAUAAAAUCUUUUCUGAAAGGCUCUUUUGAGGCACUGAGUUGCUUUGGAGGCAAGCUUACUGAGGAGAAGUACAAAAAGCUAGGCCGAAAGAGAUCACCGAACUUCACGGAAGACAGGAGUGAAAUCUAUCAUCUCUUUUGUCUUUAUCAGCAGAUAGUAUCACAGGGAGGUUACUUUGAUGAAGAAGAUUUGCUAUAUAAUUUAUCUCAACGACUUUCAAAGCUCAGGGAACUGCCAUGGUCCAUCCAUGAGUUUUAUGGUGAUGAGAUACAGGAUUUCACGCAAGCUGAGCUAGCACUGUUAAUGAAAUGCAUCAAUGACCCUAAUGCCAUGUUUCUAACUGGUGACACUGCCCAGAGCAUAAUGAAAGGAGUUGCUUUUCGUUUUAGUGACCUGAGGUCACUGUUUCAUUACGCAAGCAAGAGCUCCGCGAACAAGAAGCAGCGUGUUAGAAAACCGAAAAGGAUAUAUCAGUUGUACCAGAACUACAGGUCCCAUUCAGGUAUUCUCCGUUUAGCAUCCGGAGUGGUUGAUUUGCUCCAGCAUUAUUUUCCAGAAUCUUUUGAUCGGCUUCCUCAGGAUCGUGGUCUCUUUGAUGGACCAAAACCUACGGUCUUGGAGUCCUGCAGCGUUAGUGACCUAGCAAUUCUGCUGAGGGGCAACAAAAGGAAAACACAACCGAUUGAAUUUGGAGCACAUCAGGUGGUAUUAGUGGCAAAUGAAACUGCAAAGGAGAAGAUACCUGAGGAACUUAGUUUGGCACUUGUACUGACAAUUUAUGAAGCCAAGGGCUUGGAAUUUGAUGAUGUACUCCUUUACAAUUUUUUCACAGAUUCAGAGGCUAGCAAAGAGUGGAAGAUAAUAUCUUCUUAUAGUCCUGAUUCGGAUGUGCAAAUGGGAAGCAACUUGCUAAACGAAAUACCAUUAGAGGAUGCUGCCGGUGUGCAGAAAAAAUCUCUUUUUAAUGUAGAAAUGUACAAGAUGCUGAAUGGAGAACUCAAGCAAUUGUAUACUGCCAUUACAAGAGCCAGGGUAAAUCUGUGGAUCUUCGAUGAAGACUGUGAUAAACGGGCUCCAGCUUUUAAGUAUUUCAUCAAAAGAAACUUUGUUGAGGUUGUCAAAACAGAUGAAAAUGAAGACUUAGAUGACAGCAUGUUUACUAAAACUUCAACUCCAGAAGAAUGGAUUGCACAGGGAGACUACUAUGCUAAACACCAGUUCUGGGAGGUGGCAGCCAAAUGUUACCAAAAGGGUGGAGCAUCUGAGAAGUCAAAACUGGCCCUGGCACAUGAUGCUGUUCUCAAAGUACAUGCAAAGAAAAGCAGCCCUAGGGAAAAAAAGAUGGAGUAUAUGACAUUGGCUAAAACUUACUUGGAAUGCGGAGAACCGAAACUAUCACUAAAAUGUCUGUACCAGUCAAAGGAGUUCCGGCUUUGUGCAGAACUGUGUAAAAAGUUAGGAAAGAUGAAGGAUGCUGCAGUUUACUAUCAGAAAAGCCAGUGCUACAAAGAAGCAUCUGGAUGUUAUGAACAAAUUGAGGAAUUUGAUCUGGCCAUUAAAAUGUAUUGUCAGGAAGAACUCUAUGAAGAAGCAGCAAAGGCAGUUGAAAGAUAUGAAGAGAUGUUGAAUACGAAAGGACAAAUGGUUUCCAAACUCUCAUGUACAGCAAAUCAGUUGUAUUUGGAAGCAGCUGCAAAGUACCUGAGUAUGAACAGGACUGAGGAAAUGAUGCAAGUCCUCUCAAAACUUGACAUAGAGGAUCAGCUUGAGUUUCUGAAGUCUCGUGGAUGCUUGCACCAAACAGCAGACUUAUUGAAAAGGAAAGGUCGAGAGGAGGAAGCUGCAAAGCUAAUGAAACAACAUGGAUUUGCUCUGGAAGCAGCCAACCUCACAGUUGUAAAAGAAUUUCGUGCAUCGUGUUUGCUUGCUGCAGCACGUGCCAGUCUGACUCAUUGUUCAGAAUCAGACCUGGUAGACAUGGAGAUAAUCCUAAAAGAAGCCCUCGAACUUUGUUAUCAAACUGGGCAGAAGUCUGGCAUUGCUGAGGCUAUGUUUUUGCAGGGAGCUCUGAAGGGAGACUUCACAAAGCUGAGCGACGCGUUCCGUCAGUUCCUAUCUCUGAAUCAUUCUGCUGGUGCUGUUGAAGCUCUCUUUGCAUUAUCUCAUUUCAGCACUCCUAGCCAGGACAUCCUCUUCAUGGCAACGCGUGGCUUAGUGGCUCUUCUGAGUCUGGUUAGGGGUUUGAAGAGAGCAGCCACCAAUGCAGAGAAAGAUAUGGUGAAGUUAUGCUUUGCCUAUUUUGGGAUUGUCCCAACAGGUGACAGUUGCCAGGUGUCUCAAAAUGAAGCUGAACCCAUUCUCAAGUUUUUGUCAGACAAGCCAAAUCUAAAAGAGAGGAAGAUAAAAGGUGAUUUCUCAGUAAGUACAGAGGAGGUAAAAUCAGCUUUGAAGCAGCACUUGUUAAGCAGGUUUUGCUCUAUCACCCGUGAGUUACUGAACAAGAAUUACCCUGAUAUUUGUAAGAAGUUCAUUGCUGGCUUGAACUGUGGAGACAGAACCUGUGAUUACCAUAGGCCCUUGUUGCGCCACGAAGCAAAGACAAUAUUUCAGUGUAAAAUGCAUCUGGUGGCAAUAAGGGGGCUGUUCUUAGAAGCCACAUGCACUUUCCCUAAAGAGCUCCUGAAUCAGUGCAAAAGCUUUGAUGACAUUUUGACUUCUGACAAAUAUGCAUCGUGUAAAGCCCUUCUAGAAAUGUUUUUUCCUGAUCAUUUUCAUUUGAGAAUACUGUCUGAGAACCCAAAGGCAUGUAAAGAAAUAUUACAAUUCAGUAGCAUUAUUUCCAAACCCUGCAGAGCAAUGUUGAAGGAGUACAUCACAUUUAAGUUUAAUAAUGAAGGCACUGCAGCCAGAAGAGAAUCAACUGACUUAUGGCUAAGUGCCAUGAAAGUUUUUAUCUUAUCUUCAGGAUAUCCUGAAGAAUUUGAGAAACUUCUUUUUAAGGAAGAGGAUGAUUAUAACAAAGAGCUAAACUUUGCUUUGGCAAAGGCAAGAAGUUCCCCAAAGACUAGAGACCAAGGAGGAAAGACCAAAGGAAUAGAGGGCAGACAUGGUAUGUUGCUACCUGACAAAAAUGCUGAAAAUGCAGGAAGAACACACUUGUGCUUCAUUCGACUUCUUCAAAAUUCACUUGAGCAAUUCUAUGUUCAUAAGAACCCGGAAAACUGUAAAAGAUUUUUUUUCCGUUUUAUGAAUGUCCUGAUCAGGAAGUGCACAAGAUACCUGAUUCCAAGCAUAGGAAAUACGGUGAUGUUGUUGGAAUUGCAGUAUAUUCUCUGUUGUGCUGUCUUGAUGCGUCUGUCCAAGAACAUUACUCUCUGCCUUCCAAAGAGUUACAUUGCUCUCCUUCAUUACUGGGAGUUUUUGUUCAGAAGCAAGGACCAUAACAAAGAACUGAAAGACACAUUUUCUAUUAUACAGGAGUACAGACCAAAGGAAACAUAUGUAGCUGUACAGAAUUUCAGAUUUCAUCUCUGUUAUCUAGCAGAAGUUUUGUGUGGUGUUCAUGGAAGGUUUGAUGUCCUUCUGGAUGCGUUCAGGGAUCCUGACUGCAUAACUUCAGGGGAGGCUGAGCGGACUGUAGUGCUGUGCUUAGUGAUGUUGCUGAAUGCUGACCAGGUGCAGAGUUCUAAACAUAGAUCCCUCCUAUGCCACCACUUCCCUGAAAUCAGGGCGAUGCUGAAAUCAAUGAGAAAAGACACUCUCUCUAAAGUUCCUGAAAGAUUGCUGAGGGUUAUUGAACAAGUGAGUGAUGCUACACAUGUAAGAGAAAUAGCUACAGGCCUGCAAGAGCUGCUGAUAGAGCGAGAUGAAGAGUACUUGGUUGACUGCCGCUGGAAGUGGGACGCUGCAUACAGUCAGGGGCAUCCAACCAUACGGGGCAUCCUGUAUGAACACAUAAACCUUGACAGGUUUAUGACCUCUUUGGAUAAAACAGAAUAUGCUGAUGAGCUAGAAGAGGAACUUGAAAGAGUUCUUUGCUUAGAGGACCAAAAGGAUCAAAAGGAUCCCCUGGAAGUCAUUGCACUCAGCAAGCAGAAGAAGCAAGAGCAGAAAGCAUCUGCUCAACGCCAGCUGUAUCGUGUGUUCAAUUUUGUUUCCCUUUACAUGAAGUGGAAAAGGAAGGCCUGCUCCAGAGCUCAUCCUGUUGCAAUGAAAGAUGAUGAAUUUUUGUCAGAGAUAUUCAAAAAAGCAGAUAUUGACCAAACCCAGUGUGACCUCUGUGGAGUCAGAUUUAUCCAGAGCUCUGAGAACUAUUUCAGCAGGUCGGAAAACAUGGAGUCAGAUGCUUCUGAACCUCUGACACCAACAGAGGGCAGUGGGGAAGAGAAGUUGCAUGCAGAAGGAAAUGCAAUUUCUGUGGCCAGUGAGGCCUACAUAGAGCACAGAAACACAGAUGAACACAAAAAUAAUAAUGCUGCCUACAGAUCCUACGCCGAGUUUUUCAGAAGAGAGAUAGAUCCAAUAAUAUAUGAGGGACUGGAAGUAGUGGAGGCCAUUACAGAAAAGUCUUACACACGAGACCAUUUAGCAUAUAAAGAAGGUUCCAACUUAUGCCAGAGAAAAAUCAAAGAGAAUAUUAAGAAAAUUUCAGAUGCAGUAGAGGAAAUCUAUGAAAGAAAAGCCUGGGCUAAAGCUGAAGAAAUAAUAACCACACAUGCCAACAAAUUGGUUGUCACCGUUGAUGACGCUCGUAAGUGGCUGAAGAAAAUGGACUCUCACAGGAUAAAAGAAGAAGGCUCUGUGCAUGAUAAAGACUUGGAAAAUGAAGUGGAAGAUGAAAGCAUGGCUUUUGAAGAACUUGCCUAUAAAAAAAUCUCAAGAAAAAAAGGAAGAUGUGGGAAAUUAUAAUUGGAAAAAUUAUUCUGGAUGGCUAUUCUAUCCUCUUAACAAUCUGAUUUUAGAGUGAAAAAAUGUUAAAAAGAAUAGAGAGAUGGGAUCAGAAAUGGAAAGAGUCUGAAGAAAAAGAGGAACUUAUUCUAUGUUUUGUAUUUUUUUAUUACUUGUUUCUUAUUGCUUGUAUUAUGUCAGAAUAAUUACCUGUGUUGUGAUAAUGUAAUUGUUCAAACCUAAGAAAAGACCAAUUUCCUUUCAAACCUAUAUGGUAGCUUAAAAGUAACAAAAGCCAAAGAACCAAGCAUGUAGACAAAAAAAUUCUUUCUGACUUAUCUCAGGGGUAUUUUUCUGCUCAGUCUUCUUUUUCUUCUUUCUUGCUAAUUUUCAUCGUCAUUCUUCUGAGCUGGAAUACUCAGAAAAAUAGAAGGAUAGUUUCUCUGAUUUUAAGGUCUUGCUAUGUUUAGAACUUUGAGCGUUCAGGUGAGAUACUUACAGCAUCUUUCUUUUCUAUUUUUAUAGACAAGAACAGUAAUCUCUAAACACAUUCAUAUUUCUGACUGUGUACCUGUUUCUGAUUAGAUAGGUAUGAAGGUUAGGGAUUGUCUUUUAUUUGAUAAAGUUUUGAUAUAAACUUUUACUUGUACCUAUUGAAAAAUAGAUAAUCUUAGUUUAAAAGACUAUUAUGCAUUUUAAGUGCUUUGUAAGGUUUAAUUGAUAAAAGUCUUUUUGUAAUGUAAUGUUUUUAUAAAA